AUGUUUUCAAGGCAUGGAACUCGAUGUGCUGGACAAAUUGCUGCUCAGGGUAAUAACUCUGUAUGUGUUGUUGGCAUUGCUUAUAAUGCACAGAUAGGUGGCAUACGUAUGUUAGAUGGUUAUAUAACGGAUAGAGUUGAAGCGGAAACAUUACAUUUUCGACAGGAUUACAUUGACAUUUACUCAGGAAGUUGGGGACCUGAAGACUCAGGGAAACUAUAUGAAGGUCCCGGUAUACUUGCUCAAUCUGCAUUCCAACAAGGUGUAGUUACGGGUCGACGAGGUUUCGGCAAUAUUUAUGUUUGGGCAUCAGGGAAUGGUGGUUCACUAGAUGAUUCAUGCGCUUGUGAUGGUUAUUCAAGUAGUCCAUUCACUUUAUCGGUUAGUGGUGUUGGUGAAUCAAAUACACGUCCAUGGUAUUUAGAAAAAUGUUCAUCAACUUUAGUCAGUACUUAUAGUAGUGGUAGUCCAAUGGAAAGAAUGAUUUCCACUAUUGAUUUGGGUCAUGACUGUACUCGUAUGCAUUCUGGUACGUCAGCAAGUGCACCAAUGGCAGCUGGAAUUAUCGCACUAUUAUUAGAAGCUAAUGAUCGACUUAGUUGGCGUGAUGUUCAAUAUAUUACUUUACUAACAGCUAAUCCAGAACCAUUCAAAGAUGGUAAUUUUACAAAGAAUGCUGUUGGACGUCAAUAUAGCCAAUUGUAUGGAUAUGGUUUAAUGGAUGCUGGUAAAAUGGUUCGAUUAGGUGAACUAUGGCGUGGUGUACCUCCACAUCAUCGUUGUACUUCAAAUGUGAUGGAUGUGCAAAAAAAUUUAGGUGGAAGAUUUAAUAUUACAUUAUUUCUUAACUUUUCUGGAUGUCAACCAAAAUCUCAAAAUAAUGAAUCAACAAAUAAAUUGAAUAAAUCAUCUACUUCAGAAAAUGGUACACCUAUACGUUAUUUAGAACAUGUUCAAGUUUAUGCAGAUAUUGUAUAUCAACGCAGAGGAUUAUUACAGCUAUCUGUCAUAUCUCCAAGUGGCACAUUGAGUGUACUUCUUCCACCUCGAAUUCAUGAUGAACAUUCAGGUAAUAUAGCUAUGCUACGUUGGCCAGUUACAACUGUACAAUUUUGGGGUGAAAAUGCUGUUGGUACAUGGCAAAUACGUUUAGAUAGUAUUGUAGGCAGUGAAAUAAGUCGUGCUGAUCCAGAUAACAUUAAAGGAUUUUGGCGUUCAGUUUGGAUUGUAGCCUAUGGUACAGAUGAAUUUCCUAUACGUCUUAAACCUCCUACAUCUGAACAUCCACCACCUCCGGAAUGGUUCAAAUCAUUUUCGGAAUAUGUUGUUGAUGAUCAACACUGGCAUAAAGUGUAUACAUGUCAUUCUGAAUGUGCACCCGGUGGUUGUACAGGUCCAGCAGCUGAUCAAUGUUUGAAUGGAUGUAAACAUUUUGCUACUGAAAGCCGACAAUGUGUAUCAGUUUGUCCUCUUGGGACUACAGCUUUUGGUGCUUUACGUCUUGGUACUUCGUUAAAUAAUUAUGCUAAUUCUAAUGCUAAUAAUAUUAACAACAUAAGUGAUAAUAAUAAUAAUGAACAAGAUGUACAUGUUCGCAGUAAACUGGCAACACCCUCAUCAUCAACAACAAAAUCACCAUCACCAGUUGGACGUAUACGAAGUAGUAGUAGUAGUCAUAGUCCUUAUCCAUUGGAUAUGUAUAGUAAUGAUAAUCAUUUUAUCAAUACAAACAAUUAUAAUUAUAAUCAACAAGGAUUUAAAAAUGAAAUGGUCUGUCAACCAUGUUGGUCAUUAUGCUCAGCUUGUAUACGUCCACAUAUUGAAUAUGAUUGUACAGCAUGUUUAAAUCAACGUUUUCUAGUGCCAUUAUUAACAGCAAAUGAUGAUGCUAAAACAGUAUUAUUCUCAUAUACUCAGGAUAAUAAUAACAAUAAUAAUAAUAAUAAUCAUGGAAAUACACAAUUUGUAAAUUUUAAUUUACCUCAAAUAAUUGGUACAUGUCGUACUGAAUGUCCAGUGGGUUUUUUCGGUAAUAAAUCAACGUCAGUAUGUGAAGCGUGUGCAGAAAAUUGUGCACGGUGCGUUGGAUCAAAGUCGGAUGAAUGUCUUGAAUGCUAUUCCGGUUUUCGAUUAAUUCAUGGCAAAUGUGUUGAUAAUGCAUCACCUGAUGGUCGUUGUAAAUCGGGACAAUACUUGAAACAUUCCAAAUGUGUAGAUUGUCAUUCAUCUUGUGAUAAAACCGGUUGUAUUACAUCAGAUCAAUGUAUAUGGUGUCCUGCUCACUUACCAAACUUUUUCAAUUCAACCUGUAUAAAAUCUUGUCCAGAAGGUUGGUAUUCUGGUGAACAAAUUCAACCACCAUUUUAUACCAAUUUUGUACAGAAUGUAAUUUCAUCUCUAAAACAACAAUCCAUACAUAUAUGUGAAGCAUGCUCACCUGGUUGUCAGAAAUGUAUUAAUUUCAGUGUAUGUAUCAUGUGUUUACCUAAUUUGAAACUAUACAAUGGUACAUGUAUAUUAUUGUCUUCAGAUACUAUCAACACAACUGAUAUUUCUUCAUCCGAUAACAGUCAGAUUAAUAACAGAAAAUCACCAAACCAAUGCAAUACUGAAUCAUGUUCAAUAUGUUAUGAUAAUAAUGGUUCGGAAAAGAUUUGUCUUCAAUGUUCACCAAAUUAUCACUUACUUGAAAUUACACUAUUCAAUAGCUUAUUACAACAGGUUGAUGUGUUCACUGAAAAUCCGAGUAAUUUUCCAACAUCCUCUAUGUCAUCCAUUCUAUUAUCUCCUCCUCCUAACACAUCAUCAUCAUCAUCAUCAUCAUUGUCGACAUUAGUGGGAUUGAAUAAAACAACUAAUUCAACUAUAAUCUCAUCAAUUAUAGCUGGACUCACUGCAUUGUCAUCAGCAGUAACAACAACAAUGACUAAUAUGACAAUACCGACAUCGCCAACAACACCGCCAACUCCCAUUGUUGACACAACUAAAACAACAACAACAACUAUGGAUGUAAAUAAUCUACCUAAUUUAUUCAAUAAAAUUAUGCGGAAUCAUUUAGCAUUGAUCUCGCGACGUUUUGUCAAUGAUAAUAAUAAUAAUAAUAAUGAGAAUAUGAAUAUUCAUGAUAAUGAAUAUCAUGCUACUACAAAUAAUAACAACGUGAUGAAUAUAGUUCAACCGAAAUAUAUUUGUGUACAACAUACAUGUCCUAAUGGUUAUUAUUUAAAAACUUGGCUAAUUCAUGACCAGGAAAUAACAAUGUGUUCCAUGUGUCCACCUUCAUGUUCUAGUUGUAAAGAUAUAACACAUUGUAAUUCGUGUCGGCCUGGUUUUUACCUUCAUAAAAAAACGAAUUAUUGUUUAAUGCGUACCACCUGUCGUACUUCUGAAUACUUUGAUGAAGAUAAAGGUAUAUGUCAACCAUGUGAUCCUAAUUGUCGAACGUGUUCUGGACCUCAUCCAUUUCAAUGUACCAGUUGUAAUAGAAAACCACCAGCUCCACGUUGUUUAUUGACAAAUCAACGUGUUUCCAAAUUACACAGAACUUCAAAAGAUUUAGCUCUAUGGACUGAUUAUUCAAAUGUAGAGCCCAAUUCUGGACAAUGUUUACUUUGUUGCCCUUAUCGAUUGGCUUUGACUAGCCGUGAUCCUACACAUUGCAUGUUUUGUGUUGCUGAUAAACCAAUUUGUUUAGGCGGUGAUGAAAUCGGAGCUGGAGAUAGUGGUUACAUACUAGAAGAUGUCAACAAUAAUGAUCAAUCAUUAUCAAAAUUGUUCAAUAAAGAACCGUCUCGUCUUAUUCUAUUGAUUGUGUGUAUUAUAUUUAUUACAUUAUUAAUUGUAUUUAUCAUAGCUCAUUUUAUCACAGCACACCGUCGUCGUCAUCGUGGCAGCUAUCCGAAAUAUUGUAGUUGUUGUAAAAAACAACAUCAUCUACCUCCUAAUAAACGUAUAAGAAAAAUUGUUACAUCUGUUACUAAAAAACGUGAAGCGCGUCAAUUAGCUUAUUUAACUAAUCAUCACAAUCAUUAUCAUGAUCAAUAUUUCACUAGUCCAACAUCAUUGGAUAAUACUAAUAAUAAAAUAACUGAAAAUGGUGAAAGUGAAGAUGACAACAACGAUGACAAUGACGAUGAUGAAGAUGAGGAUGAUGUACGAGCAGAACAAAUUUCAUUAAAAUGUAAACGUAUUAAAAAUAAUAAAAUCGAUAUCGGAUAUAUUGAUCAUAAAAUGAAUGAUAUUGAAUUAACUGAUGAUUGUAAUCAUCAUCAACAGCAUAAUGGCGGUACUAAUCAUCUCUACUAUACUCCAUCUCAUAAAUCAUCAUCCAAUGGUAAAUUACACAAUGAACGUGUAUAUCGAUUAAAUAUAGAUGAUUUAAUCAAUACACCACCAGUCAGCAUCACUGUCACAACACCAUCAUGUACAUUGAAUACUACAAAUACACAUAACCAUGUACGUUAUAGUCAAUUGAAUAGUAGUGUUCUACCUGAAGAUGAUGAUGAUGAUGACGAUCAUGCCGACGACAACAACAACAACAACAACAACAAUAAUGUUGACGAUAAUAAUCACACUGAUGAAAAUGAUACAAAUAAUAAUGACAUAACUGAGUCAUACACAGUAGACGAAGAUAACAGCUGAUUAGUUAAUUAUUGACGCCUAGUCGUUAUUUAUUGUUGAUUUAUAUGUCUUCUUCUUAUUAUUAUUAUCAAUGUAUUUUCGUCGAAAAUGAAGAUGUCGUUUAUUCGUUCCUGUUGCCUUUCGUUUAAAAACAAUAUCUUGUUUUUAUUUCCUAUAAAAAACAUGCUUUCUUCCUUGUAUGUUCCUCUUUAUUACCAUCAUAUUUGAUGAUUACACAACCAACCAACCAACCACCAUAAGUCAUUUUAUAAGAUCUCAGUGAAAUGUUAGAAAAAUACUCAUAUAAAACUGGGCACACUAUCUAUCUAUCUAUCAUCUUUGUUUAUACAACUAACUAACUGCGUAUACACAAUCAUUUAGUUGGAUUUGUAAGACAUUGUUAAGUUUACAAUCACUACUACUUAUUUUAUACCACUGCCAAUAAUCAUUGUUAAGUUUACAAUCACUACUACUUAUUUUAUACCACUGCCAAUAAUCAUAAAAAUGAAAGAGAAUAACAAUCAAUUAUUUUUAUGCUACUAAUUUUUACUUCCUUCCUGUCUGUCUUUUUACAUAAUAUAUUUUAUUAAAACAAAACAAAUUACAUGAUGGCCUUAUUUGGUUGGAAAUGAAACAUAAUAGAAUGAAUUACUCUGUUUCACAGACAUGAAUUCAUGUAUUGUUUUAUAUGUUGUCUUGAAUUUCUCGCUCGUUUCAUCUCAACUUGUGUUGAUGUAGAAAUGUUAAUGUACAGUGAGCAAUGAUCUGAAUGUUAAAAAACUAACUAAAUCUCUAUCUAUCUAUCUCUGUUACUCCGAAUCACACUCGGUAAGUAAAUAAGCACAAAUUUCAUUAUAAUUGUAAAAAAAAAAAUGAAACAAGCUGUGAUGUUGUGUAUACACUGUUUCAUCUUGUUUAAUUCUUCUAUUCAAUAUCCUAUUUGUUUGUUUUUUUCAAUUCUCCAGUCAAUAUUUCUAUAUCUAUACUGCUGCUUCACUCUUUUAUUGUGUACAUUCUUCUUUUUUUCUUUUCUCUGACAUUUCGAAUGUGUACAUGUUGUGUAGGUAGGUUAGUUAAACCCUACCAUUUUUAUACAAAAUUCAAUCAUACUCUUCAUAUUCAAUCGAUUGAUAUCAGCUUAAUACACUACUCUCAUUAUUUGUUUGUUGUCUUCCGUUUUUGUUGUUUUGUAUUUGUAAUAUUUUUUCCUUACAAAUGUUAGGUUUACGGAUUGCCUCUCCAUUGAUUGUAAUUUUUAAUACGAUUGUCUAAUUAGCCUUAUCACCACAGCCUACUAUUGCCACAUUACAAUCACCACUAUUAUUAUUAUUAUUAUUACAAAUGGUAGUAAUAUUGUCAACUUGUUUUCUUCUUGUCUCAAGUUUACAUCCAAUAUUUUUAUUUUGCGUUUUGUUUUUAAACCUAAUCUCUAUUUUUUUUAAUGAUGUAAAUUCUAAACUAUGAAAUGUGGAAGUCUCCUACUCCUACACUCUGUUAAGUGCUCUUUAUGAAUAUGAAAUGAUCAUCCACUAUGUAAAAUUACUUGUUAUUAUCUCGUUGAAUUGUUUCACUUUUAACUGGUUUUAUUGAUGUUGAUUGAUACUUUUACUGCUGCUGCUGAUGUUUGAUGAUAGCAUUAUUAAUUCUACCCAGCAAUAUUAGCCCUUUUUU